AUGUCAUUCAAAGUACUACAACUAUCUUCAUCAUUAGUUCUUCCUUGUUUAGACGAAGAACAUCCAAGGCCGGUUCCAUAUUAUCUAAUUAAUCCUGACGCUGGUUUACCUGAAGCUUUUCAUUAUGUUCAUUUGCCAACCUUUAAAUAUAUAAUCGGUGUUGGUGCCUUAGCUGGUAUUUUUGCAUCAUUACUUGGUUCCCUUUUACCAUUACCACGUGUAUUAUAUGCAAUAGCUACUGAUGGAUUAAUAUUUCGUUUUAUAGCUUGGAUACAUCCACGUUUACAAACACCCAUAGUAGCAACAAUUCUUGGUGGUAUUGUAUCAGCAAUAAUGGCAUUAUUAUUUGAUUUAAAAAAAUUAGUUGAAAUGAUGUCAAUUGGAACAUUACUUGCUUAUUCACUUGUAUCAAUAUCUGUUUUAUUUUUACGUUAUCAACCUGUUGAGAAUCGAUUAAUAGAUAAUGAUGAACAAACUGAACAAUCAAUUUGUAAACAAUUAUUUCGACCAUUCCGAUUACAUCCAACGAUUGUAUCAGCAAGAUUAACUAAAUAUCUAAUUACUUGCUUGACUAUUAAUGGUUUUAUUCUUUGUGCUAUACAAAUAUUUGCUCAACAUCGUCUUGAAGAAAAAGAUCCAAUAGCAAUAAGUUUUCUUAUAAUUUUUUUUGUAAUAGAAAUUUUUUUUGUUAUUACAAUUGCACGACAACCAAAAAAUGAAAAAUCAGUUUAUUUUCAAACUCCAUAUGUACCCUAUGUACCUAUAUUGAGUGUAUUAGUUAAUACGUAUUUGAUUCUCAAAUUAUCAUCAGCAACAUGGAUUCGUUUUGGUGUAUGGAUGUUUAUUGGUUUUCUCAUUUAUGGUUUCUAUGGCUUUUGGCAUAGUUCACAAAGAUUUAUUAAUGAUACACAACGACUUCUUUCUGGCAGUAGAUCAUCAUUAGACAGUUCUUGA